AUGGGGGAGCAGAAUGACCUCGAGCGUGGGGGCGUCAAGUCAUUCAUCUACAAGGAGGGGCGACCCAAGCGGAACAGCAACUUCCUGGCGUUCCUGUUUGUCGUGGGCGUCGCUGGCGUCGUCGCCUUUGCCGUCCUGGCGGUGACCACUCAGAACUCGAAAAACUCGUGCCCCUGCGCCAACCCCUACAAGCAGCUCGGAUAUGACCGCCUUUACGACAUCACGGAGUGCCACAAGGACAACUCUUUCAUGGAGUGCUUCAACCGCAAAACCAACCAGUGGAUCCGAUACACGGGGCUCGCCGGCGGCUGCGGCGCGCUGAUCGUGCUGUCCCUCGCCGCGCUGCGCUAUUCCUGA